AUGGAGACUCCAAUCAAGAAGAGGAAACUCUCUCAGGGUGAUCACCAUGAUGACGACGAAGAUAACGAAGAAGUAAAGAUAGAGAAGUUUUUUGCUCUCAUCACAAACAUUCGCGAGGCUCGUGAUGGCCUUAUCAAUGGCUCAGUUGCUUUGAAGCAGGACAUGGAUAGUAACAAAAAGAAAAGAAAACUUGAGGAAGAAAAUAAUAACAUGCAGGUUGCUGUCUGGAAGCCAUCUUUUCAACUCGAAGAUUUCUUAGAAGAGUCUCAUGCCAAAAACCCUAGAGCCACUGUGGUGGUUACUUCACAGAAAAAUGAAGUUCCGGAGAAAGAAGACGCUAAAGAAGAGUUAGACCUAAGGCUUUCACUUUAA